CUGGUGGCAAAGCCCUUCAAGUUCCAACAAGAAGGCACCAGGGUUUGUUAACCAAAUGACAAUGGAAAGUUUGAACCAAUAACUAUUGACCAGAUGGCAUAGGAAGCUCCAGUAUGCGAAAAUGCAAAUCCAGGAAACAAGCGCAGCGAGGUUAUGACAUAGCAACAUUUUACAUUCACUUCGAAAUGCAGAGCACAAGGGACAAGACAAUAACAUGCACAAGCAUGCUCCUCUGUGGCUUCCUGCUGAUCUACUGUCAGAUAGCACAUGUGGGGGCUCAAGAUAUCUAUGUGGCAGAAGUGAUGAUCGAAGGUAAUGCCACAAUGGACGUGUCUGGUUUUGUGUCUGAAAUGAUCAUGCCCAUCACAAGCACCGCAAGCAUUGUGGACGCAGAAAUAAUAGGCGAAUGUGAGCUUGUGGGUGAUGAAACAACAUGCUGGUGUCAACCCAAUUACAUCUGGAGUGAUCUAGUGUGCGAUACCGUCACUGCCUGCUGCAACACUCUACAGUGUGUAGCCAACAUUUCCGAUUUCACACCAAUGUGUGUGCCCCAAGUGAACACUACCAUUAUAGUAACCAUCGUCAUGUCAUCAAUCAACAACCUUCUGACACCUGUGCAAACAGCGUUUUCAGCAUUGAACGGGUUCAACUCAAUCACCCCAAAAACCACAUCAACAGGUCAAAUCUUCACGGUGAGCCUCAAUGCCACAUUUAGGUCUUCAAAAGUUCAAGACAUACUUACAAGUCUAAAGACGACCUACACGUACAUUACAGAUAUUAACGCUACAUCAAUCGGGCUGGUGGAUAUGGAAAUGCCUUUGCAGAAGGUGUGUUAUAAUUCCCAGUACAUGCUAAACUGCAGCACAGACGAAACGAUGGAGACAUGCACUUGGCAGAUUACUUACCCUGGCCAGUGGCCUCAGACUAUUGGAAUUGGAACAGAAGUGAUACAACUGCCAUGUUCCAACCAAACAUCAAUUAACCUUCUUAACAUCAGAGGGAACUGGGCAGGAACCUACACUUGCCUACUUACCAAUGGGACAGUGUCCCAUAUAGCCUCAGGGCUCCUGGAGGUGGCAAUCUUACCAGAUAAUGUUAAUGUCACCAGCAUACCACCGACUGCAGACUGUUCUGUGGGUUCAUCCACCACAGUUACUAUCACAUGUACCAUCUUAAAAAGUUUAGAGAAUUACACCGUCACAAUCAACGAUUUACCAACCCAGCUGACAACAACUACCACAAUCCAAAACUACACUUUAUCAAUUCCAGUGGACUGCACGACUCAGGUACCCUCCACUGUUGCUUUCUGCCAGAUCCAGAACAGUCUAAACCAGAUACAAGUCACCAAUACGACCAUCCCCAUAUUAUACCCCGGAGAUCCAUUUUGCCCAGAUGACAGUAGCUGGCCAAAAACCAAGGGUGGAGAAACAGCAACUACCCCCUGUACUGCUGUAGGCCGAGUAGGUAACUUGGAGCGAACGUGCAAUGGCACAGUAUGGGCUGACCCUAUUGAUCUUUGCAUUAAAGAAUCGCUGAAUCAGUUGCUCUCUGUAUCAUCGGACUUUCAAAAAGGAAUUGGGGCCACAACACAGGGUGCAAUAGCCAUAUUUGACAGUAUGAAGAACAGCACUUCUGGUGGAAACUCUAUGGGUGACAUACUGGCCACCGUUAGUGUUCUUACAAUAAUGAGCAGUGCGUCCGACAAAGUCGUGCUCACCGAUUCUCUACUGCCAAAUUUCAUUGAGUCUGCAAGCAGUCUGCUGAACACGACCUGGAACUCAGGAAAUACAAAGCGUGACUAUACGAUCGCUACAACAUACCUAUCAUCCGUUGAGAACUUGGUGAAAAACAUUCAGUUUAAUAACAGUGAGGGGCAUAAUGCUUCGAACAUCCAGCUGCAGGUCUGCCGCAACAACUCUGUCUGCAAUAAAACUGUGUUUAAUGUCGAAAUGGAAUUGAACUCGACCUCUCCCAUGGUAAAAACCAUGGGAAUACAGGGCAUGGCAGAGCGUCUACCGAAAGGCUCUUAUCAAAACGCAAUCUUUCCCUCCAUUGUUGUCACUGCCGUAGUGGAAAACAACGACCCUAUAAACAUUCGGAUGGCUUAUCCAAUUCCUCAAAAUGAUUCUGCCGGCAACUCGCCGUCCUGCAUUUUUUGGAACACUACCGAAAAUCGUUGGUCGCAGCUUGGCUGUAGAUUGUCACAAAGUUCUGAUAACAUGAGUUUCUGUGAUUGCAAUCAUCUGACCUCCUUCUCCAUGCUGCUCUCCAAGACUCCUGUUAACCUGCCUUUCUUAGACCAGAUUACAUACAUCGGGUUGGGAAUCUCCAUCUGCUCUCUGAUUGUCUUCCUUGCCAUAGAAUUUUUGGUAUGGAAUGCAGUGGUAAAGUCCAACCUCUCUCACUUCCGCCACAUGUCACUGGUCAACAUUUCUCUGUGUCUCCUCAUUGCUGACUGCAGCUUUGUCGCCUCAUCCUUUCCCAACAUCCUGAACAACACCUUGUGCCUUAUAUUAACGCUCGCAAAGCAUUUCUUCUACCUGGGCAUGUUUUUCUGGAUGCUUUGUUUGAGCAUGAUGCUCCUCCAUCAGCUCAUUUUUGUGUUCAAUCCACUGAGAAAAAGAGUGUACAUGCCAUUAGCCAUUAUUGUUGGGUAUAUUUUUCCAUUGAUGAUAGUGGGUGUGACCUACAUAUACUACAACAACAGAACAGAUGUAACCUACUACAGCCGAACAACCUGCUGGCUGACAUACGUCUCAUCAAUGCAAGGUUCCCUCUACGCCUUCCUUCUGCCGAUCGGCUUCGUCAUCUUUGCCAACUUGUGCUCAAUGGUGGUGGUCAUCUCGACUCUCCUCAAGCCCGCUGCAGGCGAGAACACAAAGAAGGACGACAAGGAGGCCGUCAAGAGUGUCAUCAAAGUGAUUGUGUUUCUAACGCCUGUUUUUGGCGGCACCUGGAUUUUAGGGCUCUUUGUAUUUCUGAUGAAUGACAACCAAAUCACCAAGGUUAUAAUCAAUUAUGCCUUCACCAUUGUGAACUCAUUACAGGGCCUGUUCAUUUUGCUGACAGGAUGUUUCGGCGAAAAAAGAGUUCGAGAUGAAAUUGUAAAACUUGUCAAUUCAUCGUUUGGAUCUAAGAGUGAAAGCAAGAAGCCCACUUCUGGUGGAAAGUGAAGGGAUUAAACUAGAGCAGACCAAGGGCUGAAGAUUUCCAGCUUCACUGCAGCAGGACGAAGAGCAAACCAGGACUCAAUGCACAGCAGGAAGUACAGCUGUACAGUAGCAACAGUCAUCGCAGAAGAUACCACAGACUUAUUUAGCAAAAAAUGUUAAUAAAAUAAAAAAAUCUGACCGCUAGCAUACAUGCUGCACCGUGAACCACUUUGCAUUAGCUGAUGUACAGGUCAAGUCAUUUGUUGCCAUUCCCUUAAAGACAGCAGAUUUGAUUUAGAUUAUAUCUAUUUGUCAAAAAGCUGAUGCUGUAUGCU